UUGCUAUUCCAUUCGGAUAUUCCAAGUGCUUUUUUCCAGGGAGUUCCGAGUUCAGCACUGCGAGAAAUCUGUAUUCUGAGGGAACUGAAACAUAGAAAUGUCGUCCGUCUGUAUGACGUCAUAUAUUCCGAAAGCAAGCUAACGCUGGUAUUUGAAUAUUGUGAUCAGGAUUUGAAGAAGUUUUUCGAUUCUCUGAAUGGUCAUAUCGAUCAACAGAUGGCGAAGUCGCUGAUGCUGCAGCUGCUGCGAGGACUGGCUUUUUGCCACGCACAUCACGUUCUUCAUCGUGAUCUGAAACCACAAAAUCUGCUUAUCAACUCCAAUGGCCAGCUGAAAUUGGCUGAUUUUGGACUUGCUCGUGCGUUUGGCGUCCCAGUUCGAUGUUAUAGUGCGGAGGUAAGCGUUUACAACUACUUUCAAAAUACUAGCAUGGGGUGUCCUGUAGCCAGCUGGUCUUUUGUAGCCAGCUUAGAGUUAGUCCUUCCCUAG